GUUCGGUCCAAGCGCUAGCAAUUGCUGGCCAAGGGUGCCUGGUGGGCUGGCAUUUGGGGGAUUUUUGCAAAAAUCUGCCCGUAUCUGAUGACGUUGGGACCUGCUAUUUCCAUGAGGAUUAGGAUCCUUGCAAAGUGACCGUUAAACCCUGCAGGAGCCGAGGCAGGCGCAGUAUCCUCCACUGUGGGUCCGACUCCCCUCUCUAGAAUCUGGCUUCCCAUGUCCUGGCCUAUGGAGAGCCUCCAUGGAACCGUGCUUCGUGAACACCUGUUUCUUGUUGGUUGCACCGUGCUUCGUGAACAACACCUGAUGGGGAAUCAGGAUGUCUUGUCACGCUCACAAGUUAUGGCUGGUUUAUCAGCUGCAGACACUUGAGGGCAAACAGGCAGGGAGAAGUAUAUAAGGGGAGAAGUCACCUGGCUGGUCGGUUCUCCCUCAUGCGUCCCCUUUUCCUCCUUACUCCACGUCCCCAUUCCUGAUUUCUUCUCUAACGCAUGAGAAAGUUCCUGAAUAAAUCGCAGCCAAAAGGAUCUCCGAGUUGCGUGUUUCUUCGCUGGACGAAGCGGCGCGCGACAGCUGGUGGCCUGUACGGGGAACCCGACCUCCAGUACCCCCCCCCGGUAGAUUCAGAACUUGCUGCGAUUUAUUCAGGACUAAGGUUCACGAGAAAUCGUGACGAUCCGGUUCCUGUGGUAAGUCAGGACGAGAAGUCGCGACGAUGAGGUUCCUGUGGUAAGUCAGGACUAAGGUUCACGAGAAGUCAUGACGAUCAAGUUCCUGUGGUGAGUCAGGACAAUGGUAUCCAUGGAUGUGUAUGUUUCGUUUGUUGGUUGGAUGUUUGUUUGUCUUUCCCUUUGUCUUUUCAUUUUUGCUUUCUAUGAUUACUUUAAGGAUCAGAAGUGCGAUAAGGCCGUACGAUCAGGACAAGUAGUGUUAGAAGACACAAAGAAGGACAGAGGCAGCCGUCAUGGCAUUGUAGCCUCUGAGCCAGAGGAGGGUUCGGACGUGGAAAGUGAGGCCUCUAGGGGAACCCCGCUGAUGGAGGGACGCGCCCCAAAAAAGAAAGGAAGGCCCCAAGAACCAUCCAUGACCCGUCCGGCUCUUUAUCCCUCGCUACGUCAAUUUCAGCAGGGACGGGCUAACGGGGAUUCUGACCCCCCUAUUGAAGAGGAAGCUGCGAUACAUGAUAGUGACCGAUACUUACCGCUAAAGGGCUCUAAGGAUGAUCCGCCCCCUUACUUUAACAAAGCGGAAGGCGGACUUUCUUUUGCAAAACCCGGGCUCUGGGCAGAAGUUAGGCGAGAGCUACAGUUAACUUACCCAGUUUUUGAAGAUAAUAAUCAACAGCGAUAUCAUGAGCCCCUAGAUUUUAAAAUAAUUAAGACCUUGGCAGAAUCAGUAAAGACUUAUGGAGCCAACGCCGCAUUUACUAUAACUCAAAUAGAAGGUUUAUUCAGAUACUGUAUGACCCCAAAUGAUUGGCAACAGGUGGCUAGAGCGGUGUUGACUCCUGGACAAUACUUGGACUGGCGCACCUUCUUAAUGGAAUUCGCAAAUGAGCAAGCAGCAACCAAUCUAGCCCAAGGAGGGGCACGAGCAGUCUGGGAUAGGGACAUGUUAUUAGGACUUGGCAGAUUCGCCAAUCAGCAGACCGGGUACCCCCCAGAAGUUUAUACGCAGGUGAACCAAAUAGGAUUGAAAGCGUGGAAAGCUCUACCCAACAGAGGGGAAGUCCGAGGCAACCUUACUAAAAUAGUUCAAGGGCCCCUGGAACCGUUUUCCGAAUUUGUUGCCCAUGUAGUCGAGGCUGCCGGAAAAAUCUUUGGAGAUUCGGACACUGCGAUGCCUCUCAUAAAGCAGUUGGUAUUUGAACAAUGCACUGCUGAGUGUCGCAAGGCUAUCGCCCCCUAUAAGAGUCUGGGACUGGAGUAUUGGAUGAAAAUAUGCCGAGAAAUAGGGGGUCCCCUAACCGCCACAGGCUUAGCUGCGGCUGUCAUGGAUAUUACCAAGAAAGUUACGGGACUCGCUGUAACCUGCUAUACGUGUGGAAGGACAGGGCACCUGAGGAGACAGUGUCCUGUCAAUAACCAAGUUGUAGGAUCUAGACCCAGACUUUGCCCUAAGUGUAAAAAGGGAAGACAUUGGGCAAGUGAGUGUAGGUCAGUGAGAGAUGUCCACGGCCAUAGGAUAUCUCAAAGCAAUAUAAGAAGGGAUUCAAAAAACGGCUUACGGGGCCCACGUCCCCAGGGCCCUCAAAUAUAUGGGGCGGCGCAAGUUUCCGAGGAAUGGCCAUCUCUGCAACAUCCCAGGGACUCGGGGGAGCCUCUAAGGCCUCCCCCGCUGUGACCCUACAAGCCGUCAAUCCCAUGGUCCUCACUCCGAGAAUGGGAGUACAGAUUUUAGAGUUAGGGAAACUAGCCCCUUUACCGAAUGAAGUUAUAGGAUUGCUAAUAGGCUCCCCUGAAGCAGUUUUG